AUGCGCAUGUGAAUAACUAAUUUCUUAAAAUGUAAAAGAACCGGAAACAUGAUCUUAUUUAUUGAUUUUACCGGGUGUUUUGAUUCUCGUAGUAUUUUUUUUUUUUUAAUAAUUUACGAAAAAAACUUCAAUUGCAAUAGCCAGUUUCCUUUUUCCACAUUUCUUCGGUGAAAUUUGUUGAUUUUAUCGCGAUCACAGUUCAAUUGCAUUUUUGUUUUUCGAUUCUUAUGAUAUAAUAUGCAUUGGAUGUGCAUGUAAUAAUAUAUUUCUGAAAUUUUGUGAAAAAAAGGUUUCCGUUUUCUAUUUCAUUUCUGUAAUCUAAUUUCUCAAUUUACAUCGAUUUCAAUUCUAAUUUGUCAAUUAUUUUUUCUAAUUUAUGAAGAAAAAAAAAGCUUCAAAAUCGUCUGAGUUUUUUGAUUUUUCGAUUUUUAUGAGCUAAUUUGCAUUGUAUGUAAUAAUUUGUCAAUUUUACUGCUACUAUUUUGAUUCUUGUUGUGAAUUGUUUUCUAAUUUAUGUAAAAAACUUCAAUUGCAUUACAUUUUUUUUUCGAUUAUUACUAGUACUUAUUUUGCAUUGCAUGCGCAUGCAAUAAUAAAUUUCUGAAAAUUUCAGUCGUAAAAAAAAGGUAAUUGUUAAGAGGUCCACCGAUUUGAACUCCCCAAAUUCAAAUGGGGAAAGACGAUAUAUUGACCCCGACAAUGACCAACCGAAUACUAGCAACGGGUCUGGAGAAGCUACGAUGGUACUGCGAUACGUGCCAGAUGGAAUCUCAAGAUGAAAAUGGAUUCAAGUGCUACUGCAUGAGUGAGUCCUAUCAACGUCAAAUGGAAAUAUCUGAUGAGGACUCUGAUUGCAUUGAUAGUGACUGUUCUGAGGAAUUUGAGAGGUUAUUCCUUAAGUAUAUGAGGCGUAAUUAUCGCUUUAGUCGUGUUUCUGCCGCUGUUGUGUACGAAGAGUAUAGCGCUGAUGAUCGUCACCAUGUCUUUAUAAGUUCCACUCAAUGGGCAACAUUAACUGAGUUUGUGAAGUACUUGGGUGAAACAGGAAAGUGUAAAGUUGAACGGACCCUGAAAGGUUUGUUUAUUACCUACAUUGAUCGAGACUCUGAGGCUCUCUUCAAAGAAAAAAUGAAAAACAAGAGAAUAAGGGCCGACCUAGCAGAUCAAGUGAAGCUGGAAAUGAGGUUUAAGAAGCAAAGAGAGUGUGCAGAGCAGUUUACGGGUGCGGGAAAUCUGUUUGAUACUUCUCACAUGUUUGAGUUGCAUCCGUACCUCUUCCAAAAACCGGAGACUGAUCAGAACAUCCAGUUAAAAUCAGGCUCGACAUCAAAAUCUGUUGUGAAACAGAGAGCAGGAAGGUCAAGAUCUAUGCUUGUUGAGAAGAGGCGAAAAGGUAACAAGGACAGUGAAGGAGCUAGUAAGAAUGAUGAAUGGGGAGGUUGCUCGGUGAUGGAUCAGUUGACUACAGAGACAGAGCAAGAAAUGGACCGAAUUAAUAGGAAAGAUAACUGGAUAAUCGUGGGGAUAAUUGUGAAGGUAGUGAGCAAGGACUGGGCUAACACGAGUUACUAUAAGCAAAAGGGUAUUGUUCGUAAGGUCAUUGAUAAGUACGUUGGGGAGAUUGAGAUGCUUGAAAGUAGGGAUAUUGUAAGGGUUGAUCAGGAUGACCUCGAGACUGUGCUUCCCCAACUUGGAGGUCUUGUGAGGAUCAUUAAUGGUGCAUAUCGUGCAAAUGCCAGACUGCUAGCAGUUGAUAGAAAGAACUCUACUGCUAAAGUACAAAUCAAGAGGGGAAUAUAUGACGGGAAGAUUCUCAAGGCUAUUGAUUACAAAGAUAUAGCAAUGAUUGCUUUCUAACAGGAUAAAUAAAUGAUGCAAAGAACUAGUAUCGUUCAAGAACUUCUUCUACUUCUUAUCGUAGUUUGCAAUACCACUUGUAGUCCCCCACUUUUUUCCUUCUUGUGACUUUUCGAUGCGUGCUAUAAGGGGAACUGCGUGGUACUUUCUUGCUUUUGCUUUUGGCAACAGAUUUUAGAUACUGGAUUUAUCGUGUUUUGCUGGUAGUCAGUAACCGUACUGAGUUGUAACGUAGACCUUAUUGUUCCUUUAUUUUCUGGUAAAACAGUCUUCUACCAUGAGCUGAUCUUAUUAUAUCUGUAUUAGAAAGAUUGGUUCUCAAAACCUUACUGCAGUAUGCUCUUGAUGUCGUUGGAGAAUAUUAACAUGCUUUAGGUCAUCGAACAAUUUGUGAACGAGGGAUAGAAUGAAUUCCCUUGUGUACAGUUACUAGUUUCCUUGUUUGGUCUAAUUUGAUGCAGCAUCAGGUAACUCGUUUUGAAGUCGUCUGAA